AUGGACGAGGCACCAGAAUCAGGACAAUUUAUUGGCAGUGAGGCCGAUUUCAAUUCGGAGCUGCCCAAUGACGAAGACUGGGACACAGACUUGGAAGAUUCAUGCCCAGAGAAAAUCAGCAAUAUUUCUCAAGAGCAGAUAUACUUAGCAGCUUGUAAAAAGCUGGGAGUACCUCCAGCAUCAAACUUCAUUAAACAAAUGGGAAGUACUAAAGUUGACCUUCGACAUUAUGGUCUCCUAGAUCAGGGGUUGCUCGCAGUCUGCCAUGCUCUAAACCGAAACAUAACAGUGACCACGUUAAAUCUUCAUGACAACGGAAUAACCAAAACAGGUGCUCAAGGCCUUGCAUCUCUUCUUGAGGAGAACUGCUUUCUAACUGACCUUGACAUUUCUGGAAAUGAUAUCGGUGUCGAAGGUAGCCAAGCUAUGGAGCGUAUGCUUAAGAACACUUCUUCACUUAGACAGCUACACGUUUCAAACAUUUGCAGAAAUGGUGGCCAUAUUCUUCCUCUCCUAGAGGGACUCAAAGAAAAUUAUUACUUGAAAGUUCUUGACUUGAGCCAUAAUUGCCUAAACGAUGAAGGAGCUGCUACUUUAGGCUCAAUAUUGUGCGAGACAAGUUCACUAGAAUUUCUUAAUGUGCGAUGGAAUAACAUAACCGCCCAAGGGGCAGCGGAUCUCAUAAAUGGCCUUCGAGAUUGUUACACUUUGAAGGAGCUCGACUUUUCUUGGAAUAGCUUGUCUGGGGAAGGAGCACAAGCCUUGAGAGUUGCACUCGAGGCAAAUGAGUCACUGCUGCAUCUGGAUGUUACCAACACGUCAAUUCGGCUGCCUGAGGCAAAGAUCAUCGCGAAGGGCUUGAAAAGAAACAAGACUCUCCAGGUGCUGUACAUUGGAAAUAAUCCGUACUUGAGUAAGGGUGUGCAUGCGCUCUUAAAAGCAAUUCGCCGAAAUCACGAGAGUGCCCUCGAAGAGCUUCAUCUACAGGGGAUGGCUCUUGACAGAGAUUGUCAUAAAGAGCUGGAAGAUGUGAUCCAAAAGAGGCCCAACUUUAACUGCACCUGGCAAAUAAGUAUCCAGGGAGGUCAAGCUAGGGACCUUAUGAGCCCAGAAAAAGCCUCGCCAUUGGAUGUAUUUGUGCGCUUCGCCCGCAACAGUGGACUGCGAAUGAUGGACAUGUUCAAAGAGCUUUCUGGUAAGCGCGACACGAUUGUGGAAGAGGAUUUUAUCGCAGGCCUGAAGAAAAUGAACAUUAGCAUGACAAAGGCUGAUUUAAAGACUGUGUUUUCCAUUCUGGAUGUCAAUGGAGACGGAAAGUUACAGUUCCAUGAAUUUCCCAACCUUGUCGCCCUAAAGCUGCAUGAACAGACUCUCGAACGAACAAAACUGAAUAUUUAA